UAUCAAAUAAGGGCCCUUGAAACGAGAGAGAGAGAAAGAGAGCAGAGGGAGCUUCUGGAAAUCUUGUCAAACAGAAAGAAGAAGAGAGCUUCUUCUCGAAAACCCAAAGCCUUUGCAAGAUGAGUACCAUGAAGUUUUGCCGCGAAUGCAACAACAUUCUCUACCCCAAGGAGGACAAGGACCAGAAGAUUCUCCUCUACGCGUGCCGCAAUUGCGAUCACCAGGAGGUUGCUGAUAACAACUGUGUCUACAGAAAUGAGAUACACCACUCGGUUGGGGAACGCACUCAAAUCUUGCAAGAUGUAGCUGCAGAUCCAACUCUACCUCGCACAAAAGCUGUGCGCUGUGCUCAGUGCAAGCAUGGAGAAGCUGUCUUCUUUCAGGCAACUGCUAGAGGAGAGGAGGGGAUGACUUUGUUCUUUGUUUGCUGCAACCCCAACUGUGGCUACAGGUGGAGGGACUAAUGUGAUUCUAGUUGUGCGUUAGGACCAGAUUACAUCUGACAUAGCCCAUUCUCUUCUAGGCCCAAUUGCAUUGGCAAUCCAGUUAGCUUACUUUCAUCUUUUGUAAGUCCUUGGGACACCUCAGUAAUUUCAGCUGUACCUAGCUGAUGAUCUAUCCUUAUAUUCUGUAAUGGAGGCAUUUCUGCGAAUAUGAAUGAAAAUAUGACUGAUCUUUGAGUUUUC